UCACUGCCACUCUUGGGAAAAAAAACUCAGCAGACCCAAUCGGUGUAAUCGCCGGCGAACCACAACUAUCUCCGCCGUCUCUGGCGUAAGCCUCACCAUAUCAUGAUCGGAGACUGUUGUUGCUUUCGUGGCCGGAGUUCCGGCGACGACGACCCCGACCGGGACCCGGUUCUGCUGGUUUCCGGCAUUGGGGGGUCCAUUCUGCAUUCAAAGAAGAAGAAGCGCGGGUUUGAGACUCGGGUAUGGGUCCGGAUCCUCCUGGCUGAUUUGGAAUUCAGGAAGAAGAUAUGGUCUCUCUAUAAUCGCAAAACUGGUUAUACAGAAUCAUUGGAUGAUAGCACUGAAAUUGUGGUCCCUGAAGAUGAUUAUGGACUGUAUGCAAUUGAUAUUUUAGAUCCCUCAGUGUGGGUAAAAUGUGUACAUUUGACCGGGGUAUACCAUUUUCAUGACAUGAUUGAUAUGCUUGUUGGAUGUGGGUACAAGAAAGGGACUACAUUGUUUGGAUAUGGUUAUGACUUCCGGCAAAGCAAUAGAAUUGACAAGGCAAUGGAGGGCUUUAAAGCAAAGUUGGAUACUGCGUACCAAGCUUCUGGGGGAAGAAAAGUUAAUAUAAUUUCACAUUCAAUGGGUGGAUUGUUAGUGUUGUGUUUCAUGUCACUCCAUAAUGAUGUAUUUUCCAAGUAUGUGAGUAAGUGGAUUUCCAUCGCAUGCCCUUUCCAAGGUGCACCAGGAUGCAUCAAUGAUUCUCUCUUAACUGGGUUGCAGUUUGUUGAAGGUUUUGAAAGUUUCUUUUUUGUGUCAAGGUGGACAAUGCAUCAACUGUUGGUUGAGUGCCCAUCAAUAUAUGAGAUGUUGCCAAAUCCAGAGUUCAUGUGGAAAAAGCAACCUGAAAUUCAGGUGUGGCGAAAACAACCAAAGGAAGAGGAAACUUCAGUUAAAUUGGAAUCCUAUGGGCCAACUGAAAGUGUUACUUUGUUCGAUGAAGCAUUGAGGAAUAAUGAGCUGAAUUAUGACGGGAAAACCGUAGCUCUACCCUUCAACUUCUCUAUUCUCAAAUGGGCUGCUGCCACUCGCCAAAUUGUCAAUAACGCUCAACUACCAAAAGGGGUUUCUUUCUAUAACAUCUUUGGAACAUCAUUUGACACACCUUUUGAUGUUUGCUAUGGUUCAGAAACUUCUCCAAUUGAAGAGCUGUCCCAACUAUGCCACACGAUGCCCCAGUACUCUUAUGUGGAUGGAGAUGGAACUGUUCCUGCAGAAUCUGCAAAGGCGGAUGGAUUCGCAGCGGCGGAGAGGGUAGGAGUUGCUGCUACUCACCGGCAACUAUUAUGUGAUAAAACAGUAUUUCAGCUUAUCCAGAAGUGGUUAGAAGUUAGCCCGAAGGUCAGCAAGCACUCAAAAACCUCCAAAACUUCUAGUAGAGUAAUGAAUGUCUAUUCAGAUUGAGGUUUUUUUGUGUGUGUGUGUUGUGUGUGUGUGUAAAGAUCAUUCCAAAUUGUCUUCGUUUGUUCAAGUAUUUACUUAUUUUCUUGGUAACAACAUAUUAUCAACAAGUUCAUAUUAAUGGCUUCGUGAUGUAUAAAACUAUAAAUUUGGUUUUCCUACCAAUCUAUGUGAGAUGCACUCCUUUAGUUUGA